AGGGUGUUAUUCGUUCAGGUCACCAGAGGUCACCAUUGCGCGGUAGGCAGAAGGUUGCUGUGAAUCGAUUUGAAUUGGAUUGUGACUAUUAUUAUUCUCAGCUGAGGCCGGAUCGGGUGCGUGGAGCGGCGGUGUGUGAGCGGAGCGCCCCCCGUGGUUCGGGAUGCGCAGUGCGCUCCGCAGCUGACUGAGGACGCUGCAGCGUAAACAAGACGAGCCCGCAGCGCCGUGUCAAAGGUAUUUUACUUCUGACCUUAAAUGAGCGCGAUGAUGACCCCUGCGUGGGCUUCUCGGCGGGGAGCUGCUUCCACUGCGCAACGACUUCAUUUCUGCAGCGGAGAAUCUGCCUUUUUUUCUGCCUUCUUUUUUUGAAUGAAACUGGACAUCAACCAGUCACCACACCGCCAAACGCAUCGCCGGAUUACACCAGAUGGACUUUGCCGUGGGGGAAGUAUCGACUCUCCUUUUGAAUCGGUCUAACGGCAUGAGUAACCGGGACGCAUCUGACGACACCGCUGCGUCCGGGCGCGCGACCCCGCCGCUCCGACCACCGAGCGACCGCGUGCCCUGCAACAAGACCGGCGUGUGCUCCCGCUCCUACUUCGUGGUGGUGAUGGUGUUUUUUCACGUGUACAUCAUUAACGUCAUAGCGCUGCUGUUUUACGUCCACUAUAACAACGGGCAGGAAGAUGCCAACCAGGGUCUCGAUGCUCCGAGCAGAAACCACCCGCACGCCGAGUCCAGACCUCCGCCAUCGAAGUCUGCGCCUCUGCGCGACGUUUCCCUAACGCGAAUCGAGGGGAUACGGGUGGGACACGUCCAGAAGGUGUCACUGGUGCCAAGCAAAGUGCAUGAAAUGAGGACUCUGAGUCUGAAACCGCUGCUGUUUGAGAUCCCAGGGUUUUUGUCCGAGGAUGAGUGCCGUGUGGUAAUGCAGCUUGCGCAGCUAAAGGGCCUAAUGGAGAGUCAGCUGAUGGUGCAAGACGGCCAGGAGGAGCUGGCCAAGGAGCUCAACCUCAGCCCAGAGGAGAUCUUCAACCUUCUGGAUAUCAACCAGGAUGGACAAUUACAGCUCCAUGAGAUACUGACUCAUUCUCGAGUGAGGGACGGGAUCUGGCUCACACCGGAGAAUCUAAGAGAAAUCUAUGCUGGGCUCAAAGCUGACAAGGAUGGUAAUGAUUUGCUGAGCCUAGACGAGUUUAAGCUUCUGAGCAAUGAUGCCUUCCAGCGCUUCCUGCUGCAGCGAGGCGUGAAGAGGAGUCAGCUGGUGAGGAACAGCAGACACACCUGGCUGUAUCAGGGCAAAGGAGCACAUCGGGUCCUCCGAGACAUCAAGGCGAGAGUGACUCGUCUCUCUCGGCUCCCGCCCGCAUUGGUGGACCUCAGUGAGCCCCUCCAGGUGGUUCGCUAUGAGGAAGGAGGACACUACCACGGCCACCACGACAGCGGCCCUGUGUAUCCCGAAACCGCAUGCACGCACACGCGCUCCGCGGCCAACACCUCCACUCCUUUUGAGACGUCUUGCAGGUACAUUACAGUUCUCUUCUACCUGAACUCUGUCGAGGGGGGCGGGGAGACCGCGUUCCCUGUGGCAGACAACAGGACCUAUGAUGAAGUGUCUCUCAUACAGAAUAACGUUGAUCUUUUGGACACCAGAAGGAAUUGUGACAAGAGCAACCUGAAGGUGAAGCCUACCAAAGGCACAGCUGUGUUCUGGUACAACUACCUGUCUGAUGGAAAAGGUUGGGUGGGAGAGCAGGAUGAAUAUGCACUGCAUGGAGGCUGCGUGGUCACCCGUGGCACUAAGUGGGUCGCAAAUAAAUGGAUAAACAUUGAUCCAGAUUACCAGCGGCAGGCUCGCUAUCAGCAGCUGGUUUCACAGCAACCAGAGGAUGAAGAUGACGAAGGUUUUCCUUUGAACCCGGACCAACGUAGUUCUGACACCCAUCAAGAAUUGUAGUUCAGAAACCAAAUGUAUACACAAAAACAACUUUAAAAUCUACCUAGUCUUCCUCAGUUGUACAACUUCAUAGUGCAAGAUCCUCUGCGUCAAGACAAGAUUUAUUCAGGGAAUGAGGUCAGAUUGAGUUUAUGCAACUGUAAAGAGAUGAUUUUGUUAAAUAUUACUUAGAUAUUGUAAUCUAGAGAUGCAACAAUACAGAUAUCUGUCUGGUACUGACUCAAAUUCCUGGAUCAUCAUCAUUUUAGUACCUUAAUAUACAUAUAUGUAUUUAUUUGUUACAUUUUUUUAUCAAAGUUAAGAAAGCAAUGUUUGGGGCAGGUCGGAUGUUGCUUUACACAUUACACAAGACUGAUCGCACAGUGAGGCAUACAACUUAUUGACUAAAACACUGGUAUCCGUAUGUUAUUUUUGAAUUUCCCAUUUUAGUAACGUUGCACUAGAGACUUUAGUAAUGUUGCACUAGAACAGUUGAGACAAAAAAUAUCCCUUUGCAUGCAUUAGCUUCACAGAUUGUCUUUUUGUUGUUGCUAUAAGCAGAAAUUGCACUUAAAAAUUGAAAUGGCUACUGCAAACAUUUUAAUGUCCUACCUUGUUAAUGCUGCCACUACCAAAAAAGGCUCACACUGUCUGUGUGAUGCAUGUUGUCUCGUAUUUGUUCCUUGAAUUAUUUUCUAACAGAUUCUUCUUGAAAGCUAUUGUUGAGAGGUUUCAUUUUAUUACCUGUAAUUUUCACUAAAAAGGCCCUUUAUUGUCCUCCCACUUUGAAUAAAGAUACAUUAAACUUA